AUGUGCUUGAGUUGGUUUGUUGAAUUCCUUGAUUACUUACUUCAGCUUCUUGAUUUUGAUAUUGUGGAUGUCUCAUGCAUCACCCUCCUCGUCUCCACGCUCUUCGUCAUGAAAAGGCAAAUCAUCAGGUAUCAAGCUCAUCGUGUAACCAGUGAACUAAAGCUACGAGCUACGUCUCCUUCUUUCUGUAUCAUCUGUUCUGUAAACCUUCAAAGUGAAGUAAAAAUGGCGAUGGUGGUGGUGAUAUCACUCCCAUUGAUCCUGUUCUCGUUGAUGCUUGGCGUUGGGUGUUAUCUGAUAGGAAGGGCAAGAGGAAGACAAGAUAUUAGAACUCAUGCACAAGCUUUUGGGGUUCCAAUUACACCGCCUAAUGCCGAUCAAGCUUCUUCAUCACCUCCAUCUUGUUCGAAACCCAAAAUUGCAGAGAUUGUGUGA